CAGUAUCCUUCGUCGGAAUUUAUGAUUCCGUUCGGCAAAGCGAAAAAAGUUCGCGAGGGAAGCGAUGUUACUAUCGUGACGUUCGGCGCGUUGGUCGAACGCUCGAAUCAAGCCGCAAAACGGCUCGAACAACAGGGCAUUACGGUCGAUCUGAUCGACCUGCGCACGCUCGUUCCUUACGAUUGGGAAGCGAUCGCCGAAUCGGUUAAGAAAACGAACCGCGUCAUCGUAGCGCACGAAGACCCGCUUUCAUUCGGCUACGGCGCAGAGCUUGCGGCGCGCAUUUCCGACGAGCUUUUUGAAUAUCUGGAUGCACCCGUCAGACGCGUCGGCGCGACCGAUACUUUCGUCGCAUAUGCACCGCAGGUCGAAGACUUUAUUUUGCCGCAAUCGGAAGAUGUCGAAAAAGCCGUCAAAGACUUGAUGAAAUAUUGA